AGGUGGCAUCCUGCGAAAAUGUCCGCCGACGUGCGUUUGUCGUCGCUCUUGCUGGCCAGCGUUAAUUCCAUUAAUAAUGGGCUGCCAUCGCAAGCAAGGCUAUGUGGCGCAUUAGUUAAGGGGACGACGACGGUGCAACAGUGUCUUUAACUUGUAGCAUAGCAUAUUUCUGAUGCGUAGUUUAUGCCCUGACUUUCAACAGAAAGAGUGCACGUCAUGUUUGCCGAUUGUGGUGUUUGGCAAAAGAAGAAGUGACUGGUAUGUGAAUUAGUGAAUGUGAGCCAAAGCGAAAAAAAUUGAAUAUGUCAGCAGAAGAAGUGUAUACCGUUCCUUACGAUAGAAUCCAUAGAAGAAGCGGACACGUCGCCGUAGUCUACAAAAAUUACGUUGUAGUAUGGGGAGGUUACACGGAACACGUUCAGAGAACAUCGACCUCACAAAUUCGGACUGAAUAUUUUCCAACAGAUGAAAUAUGGAUUUAUGACAGCAAUACAGAACUUUGGGACCGGGAAGUAACAACAGGUGAACAUCCACCUCGGAACUCUGGUGCCUGCGGUGUGAUAUUGAAGCAACAUUUGUAUGUUUUUGGAGGUUUUGCAUUGCUUGCAGGGUACACAACUGACACCACUGAUGACCGUAACAACAACACGAAUGGCCUGUACCGGCUGGACCUCACAUCCCUGACCUGGGAGCAGCUGCAUCCGAGUGGGAAACCAGAGCCUGCAGCCUGUGACAAGCUCGUCGGCUGGGAGUACGAAGGCAGGCUGUACUUUUUCGGCGGCUUUGGCCCCCCACCCAGCUACGACCCGCCCUUCAAGCACGUCAUAGAUCCGUCGACGAGUUCACUCUACGAGCGAGGGUGGAGCAACCAACUGGUCUGCUACUGCCCGGAGACAGAUUCGUGGUCGUGGCCAAAGACGCACGGCCGUUGUCCCGAACCACGUGCGGCACAUGCUGCCGACCGCACGGGAUCGCGCUUGUACCUGUUCGGUGGGCGGUACAGGGGCAGACGAAUGUCUGACCUCCACUGCCUUGACCUGGACACCAUGACUUGGAGUGGAGAUCUGAACAAUAGCCUCCAGUGCGCAAAACCUUGUGGCCGAUCAUGGCACAGUCUAACAUUCAUCUCUCCACAAAGGGCUAUCUUGUACGGGGGUCUGAACCAAAUGAACACUAUUCUGAACGAUUGCUGGGUGCUGGAGGUGCCGGAUAUCGCAUGGUCAGAGCUGAAGGACAUACCCUCGAUCCACAAAAGGAAGCCACGGCUCUGGCACAAGGCCCCACUGGUCCCAACUGGCGAAAUUGUCGUCAUAGGCGGCUAUGCCAAAAAUAUCUUUGGUACCGACGAAAUGUUUGCUGGGAAGGAUCAUGCGGAAGAGCUGAUACUUCUGAACUUCACACCUAAGUCUUUGCGCAGCAUCAGGUAUACAACUUGGCCCACUUGUUGCCAUCUCCUCCAUGGGACGAUUAAUGAUCUGAACUUUUUGCAUCCAAUGACAAAUCCCCACAAAUGGGGAGGGAUAGUUUAAGACACAAAAUUGCACCACACAGAAAGCUGUAAAAAGAAGUUUGGAAAAGAGUCAUCUGGUAACUAAAUGGAACUGUCUCAGUGCACCCAUGGAAAAAUUUGGGUGCAUCAUAUCUAUACGAUAAUAGCGUGAAUGUACAGCUUCUUGUGAAGUGUGGUAUAUUGUCUUCAGGCACAAGAAAGUUGAUACUAUAACACAGGCAGCAGUCAAGAUAUCUAAUGCAUUUAUAUCAAGAGGCAAAAAACCAUCCCCUACUUGUGGGGAAUUAUCAUUGAGCACCAGAAGAUGAACAGUGUGACUGGUGGAUAUGGUGACAAGUGAAUAGUGCCAUGCAUCUGUGCCGGAAGCAAAACUUUUCUUGGAGCAAUUUGUCACACAUUUCCACUUGCAUGAAGAGAUUGUGGUCAUAGGGGUUGUGGAAAUGAAGA